GCCGCGCAGCUGGCAACACUUCUGCUCCCUUAAUGGGCACUCUGCCUUCUCAGCGCGUAACGCCUGAUUUUCCCUUUAUUAGUGUCGGCGUAGACUUCGCAGGUCCGUUUAUGAUUACGGACAGGCAUGGCAGAGGUUGCAAAAUAACAAAGUGCUAUUUAGCUAUAUUUGUUUGUUUCCGGUACAAAUGUUUGCAUUUAGAGGCAGUAAGCACGCUGUCGACGGAUUCUUUCAUUCUUUCGCUGCGACGUUUUAUCUCUCGCAGAGGGCGACCUCGCGAGAUCUUCUGCGAUAAUGGACGUAAUUUUUUAGGAGCGGCCAAGGAAAUUAGCGAUUACCUUACUUCAAACUCAGACACGGUUUGCAAUUUUGCAGCAAAUGAGGGAAUACAAUUUAAAUUUCAACCGGCAUAUGCUCCUCACUUUGGUGGUUUGUGGGAAGCAGGAGUCAAAUCGGCAAAAUUUCACCUCAAUCGUAUAUUAGGUAACGCUCAUUUAACAUAUGAGGAAUUGGCAACUCUCUUUAGUCAGGUGGAGUCCAUCCUGAAUAGUCGUCCCUUGUGUCCUUUGUCGUCCUCUCCAAACGAUUUCCAACCCUUAACCCCAGGUCACUUCAUCAUCGGCCGCGCGCUCACUUCGUUGCCGUCGCCCCACCUCGCGGAUAUAAACCCAAACCGUUUAGAUAGGUUUCAGAGGCUCGAGGCAUUAAGACAGCACUUCUGGCGGCGCUGGCAAAUGGAAUACGUCUGCGAGCUCCAGCAACGGACGAAAUGGCGUGUUCCAGGACGAGCUCUUCAACUGGGUGACCUGGUCCUAAUCAAGGAAGAGAAUACUCUUCCACUGCACUGGCGGCUUGGACGAGUCGCCAAAUUGUUUCCUGUCGCUGACGGGAUUUCGCGAGUAGCUGAAGUUGCUACUGUAACGGGCACCUAUAAACGAGGUGUGAAGUACCUCUGCCCUCUGCUGGACGAGACCCAUGAAGCCUUGAAGGCUGACGCCUCCAAGGGCCCCCAGGAUGUUUCGGCUCCUACCACCGAAGGGGAAGCGGGGACCGUACACCGCUAAACCUGUUGACCACUGCCGCGCCCCGCCGCC